GAACGCGUUCUCUGGAGGAAGGAAAUAAAAAAAAUCCUAAUUUCAGAACAAUCGAGGGAAAAAGAUUCGAUCUUUGAUGGGUGAUCAGUCUAAUCACAGGCCGUUCGUGCGGCGCUCUGUCGUCGGCGAGCAGCGGCCGGCGGUUCGAUGGGUCAAAGACUGGGUUCCGCAAGAUAUCUCGGCGACAGGAAAGAGGAUUUUUCUCUUAAAGUGGGUUAAAGAGGAUACAUUAAAGUCUCUAAAAGAGAGCUUUAAGGAGCCUGAACCAGAGGAGCCAAAACCUGAACCAGCAACUGAGAUUCUCUUCCUCUGCAGAUAUAAAAGUUGCAACAAAGCUUACAUUAAUGAAGCUCAAUAUAGGAAACAUGCUCAUGUCCACGGUAAAAAUCCUGGCUGUGGAAAGAAAUUUGGAGACAGUUCUAAGUUGAAGAGGCAUCAUCUUGUUCAUACUGGAGUAAAGGAUUAUGUAUGUCCUCAUGAAGGCUGUGGCCGGGCCUUUAACUUGUCUUUUAACUUGCGGACGCACAUGAAACUUCACUCGCAGGAGCACUGCCAUGUUUGUCCUUACCAAGACUGUGGCAAAAGAUAUACGCAGGAAUAUAAGCUGAAAAAUCACAUCAAGGGACGCCAUGAAAAGGCAGCAACUGUGGAUAUGAUAAAUCACUCAGUGACAGCAGAUAAGCUCCAAAGAACUGUAAAAGCCCGUGCUGUUCAUGGUGCUCAUCGCCCUUAUGUCUGUCCUUAUGAAGAUUGUGGGAAAAACUACAUUCACAAAUACAAGUUGAACCUUCAUUUGAGAAAUCAACACCCUGGCCAUAAUCGAGAAGAUGUCUAUCCUGCAAAAGGUGGUGUUGCAAAGAAUUCUAAAAGUAACAAGCCCGAUCUGCUACCCGAAAUGUCACCUUCAAAGCUACAACAGAAAGGCUCUCCUUCGCCUCCCAUGAGUGUCGAUGAUAGUGAGAAGCGGUGGCCAAACCAUGUCAUUUACGAACAUAGCGAGGAAACUGAAGAAGAGCUUGAGAAUAUUGCAGGGGAUGAUGACGAGGAGACUGAGGAUGAGGAAUGUGGCCUGAUUCAUUGUAUUUAAAUAGAGAAAUUGUGGAGUGUAGAUUGAGAGAGAGAGAGAAAGAGAGAGAGAGAGAGAGAGAGAGAGAGAGAGAGAGAGCUAUUGGGAGGUAAAUAGUGAACAUAGGGAGAAUGAAUAAAGAAUGAAGUCUCUAAAUUUAUCGUGUAUGCUUCAUUGUAUGGACGCUUAGAUUU